AUUCGGCUAAUCAUCACGGUCGGGAUAUUUGCCGAUGCGAUCGGUGUCGUAGACGAGUCAGUGCGCCCCUACAGUCCGUGCCGUUAGUCAGGCCCCAGUUGGUCGAGCACUCGAAAGGGAGAGCGCGGCAGUCGGUAUCGAUCUGAGCGUUUCGUGUGCCCGCUCGAGCACAACGUUCUCACGGGAUAUUCGUCCAGUGUUCGCCGUCGGCGCCGGCCCUGCUGCCCUGUUUACGCGCCGUGUUACUUAUUUGAUCCGCGCGAUGUCCAACGAAGCUGAUUGUUAACGCGACCUACGCAUCUACAACUAAACCUGAGGGAGCGAUACAGGCUCGUUGCCGCUUUAUUUGAUCGAUCUCGUGCAGCGAAAACUUAGAAGACAUAAUGGGCUGUUUCGUCAGUAAAGAUAAACUCACUAAGGAGGAUAUGGACUUCCUGAAAACUCACACGUCAUACGAUGAAACCACUAUCAAGGAGUGGUACAAAGGGUUCAAGCAAGACUGUCCUAACGGGCGGCUUACACCUGCAAAAUUCGUCGAUAUGUACAAGAUGUUUUUCCCCUCUGGCAAUGCGGUUGAAUUCUGCGACCACGUAUUCCGCACUUUCGACAUGGAUAAAAACGGAUACAUAGAUUUUAAGGAAUUUCUGCAGGCGAUUCAUGUGACAUCGAGUGGUACCCCUGAGGAAAAGCUCAAAUGGGCUUUCCGUAUGUAUGAUGUGGAUGGCAAUGGAGUUAUAGACAUUCAGGAGAUGACGAAAAUAGUCCAGGCUAUCUACGACAUGCUUGGCGCGUGCUCAAGUAACAGGCCGGCUGAUUCCGCCGAGGAGCGUGCCAAGAAUAUUUUCGCUAAAAUGGAUGAGAACAACGACGGCCAGCUUACGCAGGAUGAGUUCCUCAAAGGCUGUCUCCAAGAUGAGGAGUUGUCCAAAAUGCUCGCGCCUUAAACGCGCUCACCGCCCUCACGCACGGCCCAAUCCACUACCCAGCCCUACAAUAUUACCUCACGGCAACCAGGUCCUGUCUGCACAAUGGCAACCUUCGAUACACUGACGUUCCGGCGCCCCUACCCCUCAAGUCAAUUUAUCCUACUCCCUUUUCAUAGUCGGAUUUAAUCUAACGAAGGUUGAAAGCGCUCGUUCAGAACUACCGGAUUAAAUCGCGCUUUGGAUACAUUUAGAAUGUAACAAUACUACAUUCCGACCAACGACGGGCUCUUUUAAAGGCGGUGGUAUUGAAUUCGAAAAUUUUUAUAUGUCGAAAUUUAAGUGUCACGUAGUAAUUUAGAUUUUUAAUAGCCUGCCCCGGUCGCAGUAAUAUUAGUGAUGAAGCGUCGUGACGAGGUAGGGUACACCAGUGUUGUGGCAAUAGUUAUGGUUUCGUUAUCGAUAGUUGAAUUUGAAAAACUGUCACAUUAACUAUAGAACUGUUUAUUAUAGAUACUAUAAAUCGAUUAUAGCGGUGAAGAUGGCAUUGAUAUAUGAGUUCUAUUAACAUAUGCACAUGAAAGCUCAAAACUCACAUACAUAAAAUAACUUUGUAAUCAGCGAUAGCAUUGAAACAUUAUAAACUAUCGAUAAGACAAAUUAUAUAUACAAUUAUUAGUAUUAAUUAUGAUGCUAUAGUAGCACGAAAGUUUCGAUAUGACUAUAGGUAGUGUGGCCGAUUUUAAAUUCCACUAUAGUGUGAUUGUACUAUCGAUAGACUUUGACUAUUGCAGUAACACUGGGGCACACACUAUGUCGCAUAGUCAAUGCUAAUGUGAAUUCUUAUAUUUCCGUGCAGUCCACAGGACUAACUAUACAGCCGGCACUCGAGGCGAGUGAUUCGUAUGUUAGGAAUCGUUGUACCAUGUUUACUCAACGCGAUAUGCUCUCGUGAAGUGCAGCCUUCGUAUGAACGUAAACAACAGAGAUAAAAACGCAAACUACACUGAAGCAUCACAAACGUCCGCCGAGAUACUAUAAACUCUCUAGGCAUUAGAGUACGCGAGCAGCGAUACUAAAUUUGAACGAGAAAGUUUCAGAAGCAUCUGUGAAAUAACAUUUCCUGGUUAAUGACGCGUGCUGGAGCUUGUUAUGAACUUUAUUUUUCGCUCCUCCUGUCUUGCAGUGGAAUAAAUGUGAACACUGCCAUAAUAUGUAUAUUAUAUGAGACGAUUUGUGAAUUUUAUUCGUGUGCCAAGUUCGAUUUGAAAUAACGGAAAACAAACAUGGUCUUCCGUCUUAUCAAGUUGGUAUAAUUCUUUUGAUUUUUAAAGGUUUUAAUUAUUACUUUAAAUUCAGUCAGUCACAAAAGAUGGGAGCGCAUUUAUUAGCAUUUGUUUAAUAUAACUUCUUGAUUAUUUUAUUGUGGUCGAUUCAUCAGAGAAAAGAUAAACAAAUAUAUAAAUGAUGUACUUGAUGUUGACGAAUAGCAACCGCUGCUAUAAAAACAGAUAAAUCGAUAAUGAUGUGAAGACGUCUCAAAAAGCUGCCUGUUUCUUUCCUUUCUAGAAGUGAACAUAGUAGGCUGCACUUCUGCAAACAGUGGGACAUAACAUUUGUAAAAAAAAAAAUUAGGUUAAAGUACUUGGUGUGCGUAUUCACCGAUAUCUCCUUGAGUAUUAAAAAUGUCCAUUCCUAUUUCGAUGAAUAUAUAGGGACGAUAAAGUUGUAUGUAUUGUGAAGUUUCUGUCGUUGUCGGAUUGUCCACUUCGCUUAUCGUAUAAGUACAAUUGUUGUGUCCGAACCAUUCACUUUAUAGAUGAUCAAAAUAUUAACCUUGAUAUUAAUAUCUGUCUGACUCUUACUAUCGUGUACCAUCCCAUGGAUGAAUUAAUUACUUGCACAGUAUAUACUAAUGUCAAUCUUAAAUAUUCUCGUAUUAAGGUAAUUUUAGCGUAGCUAUGUGUUAAAGGACGGUCAGCGUCGACCAACGAACAGUUUUUUCUUGACUAUCCGUUGCUUAAAUACUGUUCAAGUACAAUUUUUUAAAAUAAACGUAAGACUUUGAACAGUUAAAACCUUAUAAUAAUAUGUGUAUCGAUGUUCUAUAUUAUUGUAAGCUGAAAAACUUAGCAAUAUCGGUCCUCAACUGACUUCACUACGAGCUUUUUAUCUCUUCAUGAUUUUAGAGCUUUAAAAUAUUAAAUGAUUUUUGUCUUUGUACUAAUUAGAGCUCAAAUAGAUUUGGAAAUUCCAUUUCUAGUAAUAAAUUGAAUCACCUAUUCUAUAACUUUGCUGAAGUUACGGUAACUUAUCUUAGGUGUUCACAUCAUUUCCCAAUACUGUGCCUUCUAGUUCUCUGUAAAUAGUUUACUCCACUUUGUUCUAUUAAGUUUUGGCUUUUGCGAAAUUGAUUAAGUUUAUAAAACUUUUCAAUUAUAAAUUCUUACCUACAUCUAUACUGUAAACCAAAAUGACUUACUUGUGUACCAAUAUUUGUACCUUCAAUGGUGUAGAUCCUAUAACUUUCUUAAGACCUAGUCAUAGUUUAUUAAGUUGUCAUAUAAUUAGCUUUUAGUAUUUAAAUUGUAUUAUAUACCCAGCUUAUUGUUUUUGUAACAGCAACGCAAAUCUUAAGGGUCGCGAAAAUAAAGCGUGGUAUUUUUUGUUAUCUUUAAAAGUUUUCUCGACAGUGCAUAUUUGUUGAUAAAGGUUUCAUAACAUCGUUAUAAAAACGGAAUUAAAGAGUUGAAAACUUGGUAAUUAUCUUCACAAACAAUCUUGACCCUUGUGUAUGGUUAAUAU